ACAUAUUCCAUCACAUUUAUGUAUUGAAUCGUCAAUAUUAUAACUCUAACAAAAGCACAAGAAGCCACUCUAAUCCCAAAGAAAAAUGAGGAAACAAGGCCUCAUCUCCAUUUCAUUCCUUUUGUUUUUCAUCAUCAACCACUUUACCAUUGCUCUUGCUCAGUCUCCAGCCCAAGCUCCGUCCCAGAUCCAAGCCCAAGUGCCGGCUACAUCCCCAACGUCAUCACAGCCACCCGCAGUUGAGUCACCAUCUCAAGUGCCACUCGUCCAAGCCCCGGCCCACAGGACCCUGGCCAACCCCACCAACGUCACCAAGAUCCUCGAAAAAGCCGGUGGCUUCGGUGUCUUUAUCCGCCUCCUUAAGAGCACCUCAGUAUGUAUUCAGAUCGAAAAUCAGCUCACCGUAUCCAACAGCUUGACAAUUUUAGCUCCAUCAAAUGGCGCAUUUGCAGCUCUCAAACCGGGCACUCUCAACUCCCUUACCACAGAAGAGAAAGUCCAACUCGUCCAAUACCACAUCCUUCCGUCCUUCAUACAAAUCCAAAAUUUCCAAACUCUGAGCAACCCUGUACGGACGCAAGCUAGCAGUACUCGUGAUUAUCCAUUGAAUAUUACCGUCGAAGGCAGUUGGGUUAACAUAUCCACUGGGGUUAUGAAUACCACAAUUAAUGGGACAAUCUACGAGGACAAUCAGCUGGCUAUUUACAAGGUGGAUAAGGUUCUUCUGCCUCUUCGAAUUUUCGCUCCCAAGCCACGAAAGAAGGCGGUAUUGGCACCAGCACCAGCAUCGGCUCCGACACCGACUCUGGCCGUUAAGCCUGAUGAGUUUCCAACAUCUUCAUUGAUUGCUCCAGCUUUGGCCGCAUUGCUCAAAGAUGCGUCUGGUGCUCUUAGUCUCACUGGAAAUGGGAUUUUGACUGUUGGACUUGCUGUGUUUUACGUGGUACUUCUUUCUCUUUUAGGUUAAGUAGUUGAGUUUGAUCGAUAUGCCUAGCUGAAUAAUCAAUAUAUAUAAUCUUUGUGUGCCAGAGUUCGAUCGCUGGAUUGAAUUUGAAAGUGGUUGUUUGACGUGUUUGUAUUGUAUAUAUACUACUAGGUACGUACGUUUUAUGAUGAUAUAUAAAUAUGUAAUACUUAUUUUCGUUUGUUUACUCGUUAUGAGAGUUAGAAUGUACUGCUCUAAGUAUAAUUUUAUUGGAUGUUCUUUGUUUUGAA